AUGAAGAUCUUUAUCUCUUACGUCCUUGCUGCUGCUGCUAUGGCCGUCGCAACACCUAUGCCUGCGAAGUCUGGCAUGUCCGAUAGCGUAUCGCACCAGCAUUUGGCGCAAACUGCUAGAACGAAGUUUGUUGAUCUGAACAACACCCGAACCGAUUACCGACACUUUGGCAAACCGUCAAAGAAUCCUCUUGUCUUUGUGACCCACUACCGCGGCAGCAUGGACACACUGGAUCCUCUUCUUGUGAAGAUCAUCGCAGAGAAUCGCGAGGUGAUUCUGCUGGACAACACCGUCAUGAAUCUGCUAGCCGCCAUUCACGUGCCCAAGGCUGAUAUCCUGGGCUUCUCCAUGGGUGGAAUGAUCUCGCAGAUUAUCGCAAUAGAUUAUCCCCAAGUGGUCAACAAGCUGGUUCUAGCUGGAGCGCGACCCGGUUAUGGUCCGGAUGUUUUCCAAACAGCACCAGACGCUGGCAUGGGCCCGGGUGGUGAGCCCGAUCGCCAGCCCACCGAAGAUUACAUGCUUGGUAUCUUCUUCUAUCCGUCAAACACAAGCAGAUCCCAAGGAAACCUUUGGUGGGACCGCAUGCAUGAACGUCAAGUGAAGGACGAGACGCGAAAAGACUUUCUUAUCGGUGCAGGUGUUGCAGCCCAAAUCACGGCGAUGACCGCCUUUGCAUCGGACCCUCAGCGGUAUGCUCAGUUGGCCAACGUCACUGUGCCCGUGUUGGUUACGAAUGGGAAAGACGAUAUCCUCAUGGGGACGGGCAACAGUUUUGUGCUCCAGCAGCGACUGCCAGAUGCUCAGCUACACCUUUAUCCUGAUUCAGCACAUGGUCAUCUCUACCAGUCUCCUGUGGAGUAUUUCGAGGAACUUGAGCGGUUCCUGGAUUGUUGA